CGCGACUCUUGUCUCUCAUCUCGCCGCUUUUCCUCCUCCCCGCGGUGAACGUGAGGGAAGGAGGGAGGAAGGGGUCUUGCGGGCGCGGUGCACGCCGGGAUAGGGAGUGCUCUGCGGCCAGGAGGAGGCAAGAUGGAUGCGGGCUUCUUCCGCGGAACGAGUGCGGAGCAGGACAAUCGCUUCAGCAACAAACAGAAGAAGCUGUUGAAGCAGCUGAAAUUUGCAGAAUGUCUAGAAAAGAAAGUGGACAUGAGCAAAGUAAACCUGGAAGUAAUCAAGCCAUGGAUAACAAAACGAGUAACAGAAAUCCUUGGAUUUGAAGAUGAUGUAGUAAUUGAAUUUAUAUUCAACCAGUUGGAAGUGAAGAAUCCAGAUUCCAAAAUGAUGCAAAUCAACCUGACUGGGUUUUUGAAUGGGAAAAAUGCUAGAGAGUUCAUGGGUGAACUGUGGCCACUGCUGCUAAGUGCACAAGAAAACAUUGCUGAUAUUCCCUCUGCUUUCCUGGAGCUCAAGAAAGAAGAAAUAAAACAAAGACAGAUUGAGCAAGAAAAGUUGGCUUCUAUGAAGAAACAAGAUGAAGACAAGGACAAGAGAGACAAAGAGGACAAAGACAGCAGAGAAAAAAGGGACAGAUCCAGAAGUCCAAGAAGACGCAAGUCAAGGUCUCCUUCCCCUAGAAGGAGAUCUCCUGUCAGAAGAGAGAGAAAGCGUAGCCACUCUCGAUCUCCUCGCCACAGAACCAAGAGCCGUAGUGUUACUCCUGCACCAGAAAAGAAAGAGGAGACUCCAGAGCCAGAGCCUUCAGUGCAAGCAAAGGAAACUUUGAUACAAGAGGCAACAUCAACUAGUGAUAUCCUGAAAGUUCCCAAACCUGAACCUGUACCAGAUACUAAAGAAACUUCCCCAGAACGAAAUUCAAAGAAAGAGAGAGAGAAAGAAAAAGAGAAGACUCGUCAAAGAUCACCAUCCCGUUCCAAAUCAAGGUCAAGGUCUCGCUCACAUUCCCCUUCUCAUUCUAGACCAAGAAGGCGCCAUAGAUCACGGUCAAGGUCUUACUCCCCUAGAAGGCGGCCAAGCCCAAGACGACGACCAUCUCCUAGGAGGAGGAGUCCUCCAAGGCGCAUGCCUCCCCCGCCCAGACACAGAAGAAGUAGAUCCCCUCUGAGGCGGAGAAGACGGUCAUCGGCAUCUUUAUCUGGAAGUAGCUCUUCUUCCUCCUCUUCACGCUCUCGGUCACCGCCAAAAAAACCACCUAAAAGAAUUGUAUCCAGUCCUCCUCGCAAAACACGUAAACUGUCUCCUUCUGCAAGCCCUCCUAGGCGGAGGCACAGGCCUUCCCCACCAGCAAGUCCACCUCCAAAGCCACGCAGGUCUCCAACGCCUCAGCAGUCAAAUCGUGGAAGAAAAGUCCGUGGCUCUAUUUCUCCAGGCAGAGCCUCAGCACCUAAACAUAAGAGUAUUGAAAAAAGAGAGUCUCCCUCACCAGCGCCAAAACCUAGAAAAGUAGAAUUGUCUGAAUCAGAAGAAGACAAAGGUGGCAAAAUGGCUGCAGCAGAUUCUGUGCAACAGAGACGUCAGUACAGAAGGCAAAACCAGCAGUCUUCAUCUGACUCUGGUUCAUCAUCUUCCUCUGAAGAGGAACGACCAAAAAGAUCAAAUGUGAAGAAUGGUGAAGUGGGUAGGCGCAGACGACACUCGCAUAGUCCAUCACCUUCUCCACGGAAACGACAAAAGGACUCUUCCCCUCGGAUGCAGAUUGGAAAGAGGUGGCAAUCGCCAAUGAUUAAAAGUAGGAGGAGGAGGAGUCCAUCACCACCACCUGCCAGAAGACGGCGCUCUCCUUCUCCUGCCCCUCCUCCAAGGCGGCGCAGAUCGCCUUCAUUGCCUCGCCGAAGGUCUCCAUCACCACCUCCACGCAGGCGCUCACCUACUCCCAGACGAUAUUCUCCUCCAAUACAGAGACGAUACUCUCCUUCCCCACCUCCUAAGCGAAGAACAGCAACUCCCCCUCCUCCUCCAAAACGAAGGGCAUCACCUUCUCCACAACCCAAGCGCAGAGUCUCGCAUUCUCCCCCACCAAAACAAAGAAGUUCUCCGGUGGCAAAGAGGCGUUCCCCAUCG